UUUUCAGGUGCUCAAUCUGGGUGCUUUUUAAUCGUGGAGCUAACUACCAGUUGUACGCAUGGCUAUGAAUCGCGAGAACGUGGUCAGUGCUCUGCAAGCCACAACCGUAGGCGACAAUCAGAAGGUGGAGUCUUUUCUUGAUGAGUGCUCAAAGCAGAAUGGAUUCGCACCAGAGCUUCUGAAUAUUGCAUGUGAUGCUUCGAUCGCUGAGCCCGUUAGACAGGCGGCCGUCAUUUACCUUAAAAACACUAUUGUACGCUUUUGGGAGGGCGAUGGAUCAGUUGAAAAAUCAAAAAAACCUGAUUUUUGCUUGAGCGAUAAAGACAAAGCUCUAGUUCGAGAACGCAUCAUUGACGCUGUUUGUGCGGCUGGCGAGUCGGUCAGAACCCAGUUGUGUAUUGCGAUCCAGCAAAUCAUCCGUAUGGAUUUCCCAGCGAAGUGGCCUCAGUUUGUAUCACAGCUUAAGGCAAAGCUGGCCAACCCACCCGAUGCAUCGGUGCUAUCAGCUGGUCUUUUGAUUUUUUAUCGGCUUGGGAAAGUCUACGAGUACAAGAGCAAUAAAGAGAGAGAUGAUAUAGCUAAACCUGUUUCCACGCUCGAACCAUUAGUGUAUUACCACUGUCAUCAGCUGCUCCAUAACCAAUCCGCCGAGUCCGUCCUCAUCCAGAUUCAGGGACUGAAAAUAUUUUACGUUUUGAUUAUGUUUUCCCUUCAUUUUGGAUCAUUUUCAAUAUCCAGGCUAGAUGAGUGGAUAAAAUUUGCCAUUGAAAUUCUGGCGAGACCAUGCCCUUCCGAGCUUGAUUCAAUUGAAGACAGGGAAGAGCGCGCACAUACUGUUUGGUGGAAGUGCAAGAAGUGGGCAGCAAAGAUUAUGGACAGGAUCUUUGACAGAUAUGGGUCUCCUAACCAGGUGUUUGAUACAUACGCUAAAUUUGCUAACCACUUUUUGACGACCUGGUCUCGGCCUGCUCUCGGAACUAUGCUCAUGAUUCUGCAUGAACAGCGCAAUGGAGCCUACGUUUCAGACAGGGUGCUCUAUCUUGCUUUGGCGUUUACGAAUACUGCUGUCGCUCACUCUUUCUGCUGGAAGACCAUGAAGCCGGAUGCCUUGGAUUUGAUAAAGACCGUAUUAUUUCCACUGCUAUCUUACACCAAAGAAGAUGAAGAAAUGUGGGAAGACAAUCCAGAGGAGUACGUUCGCUUCAAAUUUGAUGUCUUCGAGGAUCUAUAUAACCCUUCGUGUGGAGCGAGUGUGUUACUUCGUGGUUUAGCCAAAAGAAAGGAUAUAGUUCAACCGGUUCUUGCUUUCGCUGUACAGAUUUUGCAACAGUCUAACAAUGCGCGCGAUAUCGAAGGGGCUUUACGCGUGAUUGGAGAGUUGGAUCAGCAGCUGACUAAAAGCAAGAAGUAUAAGAAGGAUGUGGAGCGCAUGCUUGACUCCCUGAUCGUAAAUCGGUUGCGGGAUCAGUCCAAAUUUGUUAGACAUCGAGCUGCAUGGUGCCUCAAAGAGUACAGCGACGCCUCUUUUCACAACAGAAACAUUCUUAGCAAGGUCAUCGAAGCCCUUAUCCAACGAAUGUGUGAUUCAAACGAAGAACUCCCUGUGAAAGUAGAAUCAGCUCUUGCAAUUCAGAAUUACUUGGAGAAUCAAGAAAGAGCUCAUGCGAUUGUCAAGCCACAUGUUCGUCAAAUCAUGCUCCAGAUUAUGGAGAUUGUUUCAAAGGCUCAGAUCGAUGAUGUGGUUAGCGUAGUGGAUGAGUUGCUGGAGCAAUUUGUUGAUGACAUCAUACCUGUGGCUGCUGAAGUGGCUGAACACCUGUCAAAUCUCUUCGUGGAACUUCUCGAGGGUCAUACAUGUGAUGAUAGAACUCCAGCACUAAAUAGCCUCAUCCCUACAUUGAGCAGCAUUCUUGACCUCGUUGAAGAUCAUCGUGAAGUUAUGGUCCAUGUUGAAGCAAGUGUUCUGAAACCAAUCAACGCUAUCUUCAGGGGAGCCCAUAUUGAAUUUUAUGACGACGUCAUCCUUCUUAUGCAGUCACUUCUGCAGUCGUAUGUCAGUGAACCUAUGUGGGCUGCCUUUCAUGAACUGUACAAUACGUACAAGACGUGUGAUCGAAUCACUAUGCUCCCGUUUUCUGAUAUCUCCUCUCUGUUACAUCUGUACAUCGUCGUCGACAACGAAAGCUUUUUGGCAUUCCCAGAAAGAAUGGCUGCCAUGAUAGACAUGUGUGAAAUAACACUCCAGGACGAUGAUGCUGGAGGAGAAAAUCAUUUAUAUGCUGCAAAGAUACUGGAGGUCAUCAUGCUUGAAUGUCAAAACCAUGCGGCAGAGGUUGUCCCAACUAUCAUUCAAAUGGUGACGCAACGACUGAUGAAGCUUGAUGAGUCUGAAGCCAUCAGUGAGCUGAGAGCUCUCCUCUUCCUUGUGCUUGUCGCUGCAUUGUAUGCGUGCACAGAUGCGUUCAUGAAAUACAUCAGUCAAAUAGUUAAUGACAACCCUCUGGACUACAUCUGUCGCGAGCUUGUUGAAAAUCCGGAAAUCAAACUCGAAGGCAUCCACAACAGGAAAAUGGCAUUAUAUGGACUGUGUAUAUUAUUUCAAGUCCCGGAAGCUAAUCGGCCUAAAAUGAUCUGCACAGAACCUAAAAAAGUUUUGGAAGCAUGUCUUCGUUAUUUCCAAGGUCUUCAAAAGGCCUUGAAAGUGCAAGCGCAACAACGUAAAGAAGAGGAGGAGUCCGAUGAGGAGUCAGAGGUCGAAAGCGAUGACGAGGGUGACUAUGUAGCCAAAAAAAAGAAAGCGGGACGACGUAAGCUGCAAUCUGAACAUUUGUCCGAUGACGAGGAUGAGAUCGAUGAGAUGUCUUUGGACUAUAUUGAUGCUUUGGCUAGAGAAAGCAAGCGCGAACAGGAAGGUUCUGAGGAUGACGAUGAGUCUCAAAUGUCAUCGAUGUAUGAGGAGACUGAAAGUGAGCACCUCAGCACAAAAUUUGAUGAAGAAGAUGGUCCCGAUGUCUUCGUAUUUUUCAAGCAGACUAUGGAACAGUUUGAAAAACGUGAGCCCACCCUCUUUUCCGCAAUGGUUGGCAAUCUUAGUGCAGAGACGUCUGAAUCUUUGCAAGAUCUUGUCAAGGUCUGCGAACAGCAUGUGAGAUCCGAAGAGUCAAAGCGUGUAGAACAAGCUGGUGGAUACAACUUCGACGCUGCCGCGGCUGUACCAGCAAGUUUCAAUUUCACCAACUGAAACCUUACUUGGACUUCAAUCCGACUACUAUUCAGUACUGAUUUUGGAAAUGUUGAUUGUUGAUUACCUUUUCCACGACAAUGUUUGCAGUUAACGUAUAUCAGUUACGGGAUAUCAGUUUGAAUUGUCGGGUCGGUGGGAAAUGUUCAUGUUCUGUUUUGCGCGCUUUGAGUGAUGACUUUGACCUCGGUACAAUUAGCUUUGCUAUUGCUAUGCAGCUUUUGCCUUUCUUUAUGUCUAUGUAGUUUGUUUUACUGGCCUGCUCUCGCUUUGUCCUAUGUCGCUACGGUCACUUACGUUACUCCACGAAACGCGCACUUUGCUUAACAGUUUACUGUUCCUUUGUAUUCUCGUUCUUUCUGAAUGCGCAGUAAGAAAUCGCCCAUAUGUUUGAAAGACAGUGUAUUUUCUUCUAACAAUAUGAGAAUGCGACGUAGCAAUGGCGAUAAUUCAGCGCUCAUCAUGACGCUAGUAACGCAUGUUUAUUUUGCCUCAGCAGAGUAGAUUGGAGCUAUAUUGAGUAUAGCAGACAGUUUUGAAGAACCAUUUCGAUUUUGUGCAAGUCUUUCUGAGAUUCUUUCUUUCACCGCACGAUAACCAUGUCUUCUACGUUAUUGUCAUGCUUGACUUCUUUUGAGAGGGGACAUGUUAGCAGAUAUGACGGCGAUAGUUGCUCGAGAAUUGUCUUCGUUUUGUCAAACAUUGUUCUCUUUCUUGUUAUAGACCAGUGUAUGCUGAUGGGUGCUUUACAUGUGUCUAUACUAAGGCUGCAUUUCUCAAAUGAUUGAUUGUAUUCAUGCACUGAGCUGUGAUCAAUUCCUAGAUAUGACUUUAUGCGGUCAGUUCAUAAUGUAAGAGGCUGGUUCGCAGAGUUCUGGUCUGUUCUGCUCUAUUACAAGACCAUACACCUAUGCAUCUGAUACUUAGCUCCUAUGUACGGUAUUACUCUUUGUAAUAUAUCUCAGUUUUUGUUAUUGAGAAACAGAGAUCAUAAUGCGUGCGUAUCAAACGAAAGAACUUCGCCGAGUACAGGCUGAUCAGAGUUUUGCGUUGAAGCUGGUGUUUUUUCUUGCGUUGACACCACUGUCGUUUACUGAACGUACUUGUUCGAUGCCGUUGUUUUGCUUUUGAGGCAUGUUUUUCCUGUUGUUUAGGUUAUUGUUGAUUGUGACCACUACGAGAGAUAAUAAAGAUUUCUGUG